UAUUUUUUUUAAAAAGGAGGGAUUAUAACCAAACAUUAACAACAUGUUAUUGAAAUUGGAUUGAGAAACACUCCUGCCGACCCCGGUGUUAAACUGUUUUGUUAUCUUGAGGGAAACGAGAAAAGUAUCCAGUUAUCCUGGGGAAAAGGGAGUAAAAAAUUAUUUGAGUCACUUGGCCACUUAGGGCUUCCGUACAAAACAUAACAACUGUAGUAGUAAUAGCAACAUUCAUACAUAAAAAAAAAAACAUUAUACUUUAUUCUUUGAGUCUAGGUAAAAAUAAAUUACAUAAUUAUUUGUAUUUGCAUGCUGGGGGUAUUUAAAUGCUGUCCGGCUCUGGCAGCAGGGGCUUCUCUUCUCUUCUUGACUGGCUCACAAACUGCACCGACGUCAUUUGCUCUAAAUGAGAAAAUAAAUGCUUUCACUAAACUGUUGACUCGUUAAUGUCCACAUGAGGGCCUCUGUGUUCUCUCUGUUGCCUCCAAACCUCUCUCCUCUUUUCAAGCCUUUGCCAAAUUCCCUCCCUCCUCCCUCCCCCCUCCUCCCUCCUCCUCCUCCUCUCUGCCUGCCAGUAGCCUCUCUCAGGCCGCGUAGGGGAGCAUUCACACCCCGCUGUCGGCGUUUAGCGGAUGGGGCUCUCAGCUUGAGCCGGAGGGAGGAGGAGGAGGAGGAGAAACAUGAACGGUAACCCGUGUGCCCGCAGGCUGGCCCGGCGCUCCAAGUCCGCCCUGCUGGUCGCCGCUCUGGCCGUCCUGCUGGUCCAGACUCUCAUCGUGUGGAACUUCAGCAGCCUGGACUCUGCCGGCGGGGACGGAGGCGCCCGGAGCCGGGAGAAGAGAGAGGACCGAGCCGGGGGACUCAACAAAGCCGACUGGGAUCUCCCGCGGAGAGGGCUGCAGAAGAAGGGUGACCCGCCGCCGCCGCUGCUCGGAAAGGCGGCCGUUCGGCACAAGCUGCAGGCGGACGUCUACCAUUCCCACCGGCCUAAAGAGAAGCUGGACAGCAACAACAAUGAGAACUCGGUCCCUAAAGACUUUGACACCAUCGACAGCAACAGCAACCUUGGCGCUCGAUCUCAACGCCAACGAGUGCCCAAGCACAAGCUGGACAAGGCCCAAGCACAGAGCAUGCUGGGAAAAUCCGCCAAUGAGGUAUUAAAGCACCCUCCCGUCCAACCAAGAGGGAUGGGCUACAAUCACAACCGCACCCAAAUCAGUCAACCCCACCCGCAGGUGCCAACCGUCUCACCGCCCGUCCAGGGGUCCAAUCCACCGAUCUACUGGGAAAAGAGGUCGGCCUCCCAGGUGCCACGUGGUUUGGAGCCGAGGAAGGAGCAGCCGCAGUGCGAGAUCAGCGGGAAGGAAGCCAUUUCGGCUCUGUCCAGAGCCAAGAGCCGCGAGUGUCGGCAGCAGAUCGUAGAGGUCUACUGCAAACACAAAGAGAGCACGCUGAUGCCUGAGAAGGUGCCUCGCUACUGCCCCAUAGAAGGUAAGGCUAAUGUGAACGUACAAUGGGACGAGAACCCUUCAGAUGCUGCCCAGCUCGUGCCUGUACGGAUCGCCUUCGUCCUGGUCGUCCACGGCCGAGCCUCGCGUCAAUUCAGGCGUCUCUUCAAAGCCAUCUACCACACGUCGCACUACUACUACAUCCACGUGGACCAGAGGUCAAACUACCUCCACACAGAUGUCCUGUCUCUGGCCGACCAGUAUCCCAACGUCCGGGUCACUCCCUGGCGGAUGUCCACCAUCUGGGGCGGGGCCAGCCUGCUCACCAUGUACCUGCGCAGCAUGGAAGACCUUCUCAAAAUGUCCGACUGGUCCUGGGACUUCUUCAUCAACCUCAGCGCUGCAGACUACCCCAUCAGGACCAAUGAACAGCUGGUGGCUUUCCUGUCCAAGUACCGCAACAUGAACUUCAUCAAAUCUCACGGCAGAGACAACGCACGUUUCAUCCGUAAACAGGGUCUGGACCGUCUCUUCUACGAGUGUGACACCCACAUGUGGCGUCUCGGGGACCGCAAGAUCCCUGAGGGCAUUGCGGUGGACGGAGGCUCUGAUUGGUUCCUGGUCAACCGGGCCUUUGUGGACUAUGUGGUCAACUCCCAAGACGAGCUGGUCAGCAGCAUGAAGCGCUUCUACGCCUACACGCUGCUGCCUGCUGAGUCAUUUUUCCACACCGUGCUGGAGAACAGCGCCCACUGUGAGACCAUGGUGGACAACAACCUGAGGCUGACCAACUGGAACCGCAAACUGGGAUGUAAAUGCCAGUACAAGCACAUUGUGGACUGGUGUGGCUGUUCACCCAACAACUUCAAACCCUUGGAUCUGCCGCGCUUCCAGCAAGUGUCCAGACCCACCUUCUUUGCCAGGAAGUUUGAGGCCAGUGUCAGUCAGGAGAUCAUCGACCAGCUGGACUCCUACCUGUUCGGAUCGUACCCCCCGGGCACGCCGAGCCUCCAGGCCUACUGGGAAAACAUCUAUGAGCAGGAGACGGACGGCCCCGCCAGCAUAUCAGACUCUGCGCUCAGCCACUACCACGCCUUCGCUCGUAUGGGACUGUCCCGCGCCGCCAGCUCGCUGCAGGGCCAUCCCAAUGACAACAGCUGCAGGUACGUGGCCAUGAGCCACCCAGUGUCAGUCCACCUCUACUUCCUGUCAGACCAGUUCCAGGGCUACCUGGUGAAUCAUGUGGCCACUAAUAGAGCCUCCACGCAGCUGGAGAGCCUUGAGACCUGGGUGACUUCCAGAGACCACUUCACACUGGCCAGCCACCCCAACCCCACCAACAGGCUGCAGCAUGUCCAGGUUGGGACAGACUGGGAUCCUAAGGAGCGUCUCUUCAGGAACUGGGGGGGUCUCGUGGGCCCCGAGGACGAGCCCGUGGCCGUGCAGCGCUGGAGCCGAAGCCAGAGCAACUUGACGGCCACUGUGGUGUGGAUCGACCCCACCAACGUCAUCGCCGCCACUUACGACAUCCUGGUGGACGCCUCUGCUGAGGUCACCCACUACCGGCCGCCGCUCACCCUGCCGCUGAGGCCUGGCAUGUGGACGCUGAGGGUGCUGCACCACUGGAACCCGCUGGGCCAGACCAGCUUCAUCGUGGCUCCGCUGGAGUUCCAUCGACAACAGCCCUUACAGCAAGAGGAUCCCCUGCGCUUGCACCGCGGCCCGCCCAGAAACUCCUACAUGGAGCAGAGUUUCCACGGCCUGAACCCAGUGCUGAAGCUACCGGUGAGCCUGGGCGCCGUGGAGGAGGCCGAGGCCAACGCUGGCCUGACUGGGGCACCGCUGCGUCGCUGGGUGGACCGGCUGCUGGAGGGCCACUGGUCGGCCGCAGACGUCUGCUCGAUGGGACCCAGCGCCUGUCCAGUCAUGCAGCGCUGCCGUCUCACCGUCUGGAGCUCCGCCAGCCCCGACCCCAAGUCUGAACUGAACCCGCCCGGAGAAGACGGGCGGCUCAGGUAGCAGACGGACAGACUGGGGGGGGGCGGGCGAGUGGACGAGGAACAAAUGAAGGACGACACGGGGCUGACGCCCUGCUUGUGUCUGGUAUUUAUUUAUUUUAAAUUGUGCAACGUCAGAGUGAAAGGAAAUGGACGGAUCAAACGGCGAGGGGGAAGAAGAGAAACAGACUCAAAACACUGAAGAAAAUAUUCUCCUUCAGUCCUCAGUCCAGUCUGCUGCUCUCACUGUUCGUACUACAAAGCUGUGUGUGUGUGUGUUUGUGUGAGAAAGAGAGCGAAUGUGAAUAAGUGUGCGUUGAAGCAGUGUGUCAGAAGAACUCUGUACCUCUUGUUGUGAGUCUUUCCCUGGGUUAAAGGAAUGCAGGUGUGUUUCCAAUAUUGAAAACUGACGUGGUUGCUCAUUCUUAGUCCCAAUAUUGUGAAAACUUUUGAUUGAGGCUUAGUUAGGGCUUAAUUUUAAAACAAGAGGAAAAACAUUAAAAUGGGGGAAAUAUUACUUAAAAUAAGAAAAAUUAUCUGCCAACAGAACAAGAAUAUUUCACAUAUUUAAGUGAAAUUCUCUAACAUAAAAGCCACCUGGUAAGAAGAAAUAUCUUGUCAGACAAAAAACAAGUAUGUUUUGCCUUCAGUUAAGAUAAUUACUCUUACCUAGAUUUGAGUUUUUGCAGUGUUGUGAUUUUUUUUAGUGAUCAUAUGUUUUAUUUCAGACUGUUAUCCCGAGAUUACAACUGAAUUCAAAGUUCCGAGUGUUGCUGCCAAAGGACUUACCUGCGAAAAGUUUUUCCAUAAACAAAAUGAGAUUGAGGUUGUUCUAACUCUUAGAAUAUAUAAUCUUCCCUAUAGAAUUGCUUGCAGCUGAAAUUACAGCUCUGUUUCGGCAUGAGAUAAAGAGGCAUUUAGGCGACCUCAAAUAAUGACAACUUUUGUUUUGUAGCUGUAAAUGUUGACUGAAACAAAUCAUCAAAAAGAGUGAAAAUGUUUGUGGGUCCUCAUUAUCACAAUACAAUGUUUGAUUUCUUAAUUAAAUCUUGGGAUAACAGGCUUGAAACAAUACGUAGGAGCACAGUUUGUUUUCUUGAGAUAACACAAUUCUUUAGCGGUGACUUGGAGACAUAAUGAGCCCCAAAAAAGUCAUUAGAAAUUCUCAUACAGAGCCAGGUAGGUGUCGGGGGGGUAUUAUUCCCUCAAAUUACCAAUUUGUACCCAAAAUAUUUAUUUGAUUUGUAUCGUGUAAAAAAAAAAAAAAAAAAAAAAAAAGUUCUUCGCAUUCAGUCUGAACGCAUUUUUCAAUCUCUGAUGUUUAAACUUGCAGAGACCACCGCUCACAUUUCGUCUCCACAGUCAGUGUUGGUUUCUUUUAGCAAUGAAGAUGACUUAAUCCUGACCUGUAGGAUUAACCAAUCAUUGCUGGUUGACAUAAAACGCAUCACUACCGGUGUACCAGAGCGGCGGGAAUGUCACCACAGUACACCGGACUUAAAAACUCUGGUGUACUGUGAGAUUUACCUGGCGGUGAGAGGCUUAAUCAGCGGUGUGUGAACUCGUUCGGUGAGUAAAUGUAAAAGUCCCGCACUGUCACUUUAAGUUUUAAGUUAACGUAUUAAAGUAUUAGUAAGCAAAAGUACUCAUUUUAUAGAACGGCCCUUUGCGGUGUGCCAUGAUCCUGUAAAUAUUUUAAUAUUGGGUUAUUAUUGAUAGAAACAUCAUGGUAAUGUGUAGUUUUUACUUCUUUAUGAACUGUUGUUUAAUCUAUACUCAUAUUUUAGAAAGUAAAAUAAGUAACUAUAACUGCCAGAUGUAGUGAAGCAAAGUACAGGUCAGUUACUUUCCACCCACAAACUAUCUAUUAAGAACUUAUUCUUCUCCCUUGACACCGACCGGCUCUGGUGUCUUUGUUCUGUGCCAUGUCUGAAUCUUUCGGACCGCCUGAGACUUGAAGUGAGAGACGUCCGAAGAGACUCACCUCUUUAUUUUCCUUUUUACUGUACAAACGUUUGAUCUGCUCUCUGCUGCACAAACUGAUGUGACUGUGUCAAAGCGUACAACUGCUGCGUGAGUAAUUUAUUCAGAGGUUUAUAUAAAAAAAAUUUCUUAUUUGAUAGCAGGUGAGAUUUGUUUUGUUAUUUUUGAGGACAAACUCCUCUGCUUUUGUUUCUAAAGGCCUUCAAGUGUUUGUGAGGACUGAUGGUUAAAUGAUUUGUCAGUUUUGGGUGUUAAAUGGCCUCUUCUCCUCGCUGCCUUCUGACUUUUCUGCUCAUUUCACUAUUACUAUUUCACACCUACGAGUUUAUUAAAACCACAAAGCUGAAGUACAGCUACAUAUUUUAAACUAAGAAGGACAUUUAAGUUGUGUUUUUCACAUUAAUUUUGACUGCACAUUUGUGGGGCUGUCGGUACCUGUUAGAAUAUUUUGUUUUAACUGGUAUAUAAUAACAAAUGCCCAUUAGAUGUGAGUAGGUCUGUCACGGUUAAGUAAUUUCCACCGCGGCAAUGGAUUGUUACAGUUGUGGAACUUUUGAAGCACUCAUUUAUUAAUUUAACACACCCUCAAGGGUACAGUAUGAACAUUGCGCUUGUUGCGGUGCUUGCCAUCCUCCACGGUAGGCUUGACCAAUAGCGCGGUAUUUCAAUUUAGCAUGUUAUCGCGACAGCCCUAGAUGUCAGGCAUUAGAAAUGCAUGUGUAUUGUACUGUAUGUGUCUGGGCACUGUGACAUAAACAGUAUUUCAUUUAUAAUUAUGUGAAACCAAAAAUAGAAAGAAGCUUUAAACAGGAAAGAAAUUGGUUAGACAUUUCAAAUUGUUAAAAAACUGACAUCCCUGCAACAGUGAUUUAAUGUGUCUGCAUUCAUUUCAGAUUUAUGUUUUUGUUUUAAUCCCAUUUAACAUGUUACGUACAUGUGCGUAAAAUAUUUAAUUUGACUUUCCUGUGAGGUGAGUUUGGAUGUAGCACAUUAGAAGGGGAGAGGAAGCGGCCACCCAAGACGUUUACAUGCACCUUUAGUACCACGCUGCUCACUGAAGGCUCACAAAAUAUAGUCAUACUAAGUCUGGGUUGCACCAGUAAGGAUCAAAGUUACCCUGUGUGAGAACAAUCUGUUCUCAAUCAUGCAAAUAGAGAAGAGGCCGACGUAAAUAGGUUUCUUAACAUUUUUAAAAGGCUUUGCUAAUGUUUUUAUGGAGGUAGGACAUUGAUUCAACAUGUGUUGGAAUCCACACAGUGAGUUUUCAGUGUGAACAUAAACACUGUUAAUUCACAGAGACACGUCCACGUGGUACCUUCACGUCUAAAAAUCAGUGCAACCGGUAAGAAGAUCUAACUCAAAUUUAGGUUAUAGCUGGAUUUAACAUGGCAGCUCCCUUUCAAAAGCAGCAGUUUAACAUUUUGAGAGAUGUAUAAAUUCAGUUUCUUCCCAAGAGCUAGAUUUUAUACUAUGUUCAAGUCUGUGCGGUAAAAAUUAAACCUCAGCAAGAAAGUGAAUAAGUGUACUUCUCAAAAGUAACUUCAGGCUAGCCUAACUCCACACAGAUGUUCUCAAAUGUGCAAUUUUGUGCAAGAUAAUAUCAAAUUAACUAAUCUUAAUCCUUGGUGGUGCAAUCCAUUUUAUCAUUAGUUACUAUAAAAACUAAUAUUUAAUCAUUUUAAAUAAAGUAUUCCAGUGUGUGUAGAUGUCAUAACAAUAUUAUUGGGACCAAAACUGGAGACCAGUGGGGAUUUCUAACCACGAGGGUGAAGCUCUGAAUGAACUGAUGGUGUGACUUAAAGUAAGGACGUGAACAGUAGGGCGUAUUUAUUCUAGAAAUGAUUGUGACUAUUAUCAGUAAUGUGUUCUUUGAAAUGAUGGAUGCAUGGUGCAGAUGUUUCCAGAUGUUUGAGUUGUGGAUCAGAACAGUGUCGGUGGGUUUAACCCUGAAAGAGCCUCUCUGCUAACCACAGGAUGUGAUUAACAGCAGUAAUUUACUGCCGCUAGAUUAAGGAUUAAACAGAAUGAAACAGGUAGAGCCAGGGUGUGUUUUAACCGCUUGAUCAGCAUCAAAGUGAUCAUGAGAAACGAUUGUCAAACAGGUCAAAACUUAUCAUUAGGGCUGGGCAAGUUAACGUUAAUAUCGCGUUAACGCAUUAAUUAAUUAACGCCUUAUCUGACCUUAACGCAGUUAUUAUUAUUAUUAUUUUGAAAGUCCGUUGCUCUCUGGCUCUGAAAACACAGAGUCAAACUCUGGGUCACAGGAGGGGCAGGAUGUUGAUCAGCCUGCAUAUCACCCACCCAAACAAGCGGUGGAGGGAGGCUUCAGCAGACUACGCUGGAUGCAGCUUGUGGUAGAAGUAGAUAAACAAAAGCAAGACAAGCGAUCAAACGCCACAGUGAAGCAGAGAGCUACGCACUGCAUGCUGAUUAGUGUUGGUGAAGAUGUCGGUCUUAGGAACGUUCUUAAAAUCACAACGUAGUCGCUUGGCCCCGCGGGGUCGCUCUUUGCUCCGGUGAUCAGACAGGGAGACGAGCGCUCCGCCAGUAAACGGCAGGCGCUCUAUUGACAGUAACCAUGGCAACAGAUUCUGUGCGCUACACAGCUGUAGCCUAUUUAAUUCGAGUUAAAAUUAUAGGCUACAUAACUUUACCUGACAGGCCUUCAUCUAGUUUUGCGGGGAUGCUCUGCCGUGCGAAUUCCCUCCUGUUGAUGUUGACUCAAACAAACAGUGAGGAUCAGUCUCUCUUGCAAUGAUCUGUGCUGCACGAGGCGCACAAAAAGUUCAAGACAAUUCAACUUCGGCAGCGGGCAUGUUUGCAAACAACACGUUAUUGCACUUGUGUAUAUAGCAGUACAUUUAAAUUAAAAUUGCAAAAUACACUACUUUAGAAUUCAUUAUUCAAUUUUGCACAUAACAAUGCGAUUAAAAAUUGUAAUCAUUGCCCAGCACUAGUUAUAAUGCAAAAGAAACAACUAUCCGAAUACUUUUUUUGUUAAAGACUUCUAAGAACAACAGCAAUAGUGUUCAAGUCUAAAUCUAUACUUCAAAUCUUGUGAUAUAAAAAACAACUUGUCUUCCUCCUGCUGUCCACAGUAAACGGUAUUUAAUCCCCGGCAACUGUCUGAUUUUACCCCAAAUAAGGGGAGUCUGUCUCAUUGUUUCUGGUGCUUUCAUUCUAAUGCUGAAAUCAAACUGUUAAACUAUUUAAAUUCUGUAAAGGUGUUUUUAGGUACCAUUUAUUCCAGUCAGAAUUACACUUAUCCUAAAAAUUAAACCAAUUUAUGUUUGAUAUGUAUUUUUCAUAUGAGCAGUAAGUCGAUGUAAAUCAGUAUUUUGUAAAAUACUCACAGAUGAUGUACAGUUUUUAAGUUAAUGAAUAGAAAAGGUCCGGCUCUUUGGACGCAGUGCUGUGAUGGUGCCACAGAAGUCACGUGACUAUCUUUAUUUUGAUGGUGCGGAAACAUUCAGAGGUUGAUAAAGUCUGCAAAUCGUGGAGGAUAAUCGGAGAGGUUUGUGCUUUUCGUGUGUUUUAUUUUCCACGCUCUAUUGCUGUUAGUUUCUUUAACAUCCAACCUUUUUGUUUUUUCGAGUGCCAGUUCAGUAUAAUUGACUUGUUUUGUUAUUUUCUUGCUUUUCUUUAUCGUUCUCUCUCUCUUUCUCUCUCUCUCUCUGUGGGAGUAGUGCUGUGCCUUAGCUGUACUCCUGUUUUAGGAAACCCUCUCUGAAAGCGUCAAAAACUGUCUCAAAUGUCCUAAAACCAAACAACAUAAAUAAAGAAUUGUGAAUGCCUUAUAAAUGACCUUAGUGGUUUUGAAGUACAAUUUUUGAAAAUAAAACAGAAUCUCCCUUUA